ACUUCAUCUUUCAAUCAUUGGAGACAUAGUUCCCUCAAUCGAAACCGCUUAUGGGGAUCCUCAGGCCCGGAACCGUCUAAGCCGUCGAUGCCAUCUUCCGUUGAAGUUGACGAUGGUCCGAUUUUGUCCGCUUCUUCAUUGGCGGAAUUGGGUGCUAUUAUUCUCUGCACCUCAGACCCUUUAACCAAAUCAAAGUUCUCUCACUUGGCAUUCUCGAGAUGGAAAGGGGAAAAGCUUCCAGUUGGAGUUUCUGAAGCACCCAAUAGACCUUCUCGCCCUACUAAACCUGAGUUGGUUAGUUAAUUGAUUAUUAUUUCUUAGGAUCAGGGUCGAAAGAGUUCAGGUCUCUUAGGAUCUAUUUCUUUUAUUUGUGAAAAACAUUUAGGUGUCCCCAAAGGCAAUUCCACCCCCAAAGAGUUCGGGACUGCCCCUUAAUGCUUACAUGCUCCAUAAUCUUGCUCAUGUCGAGCUGAAUGCUAUUGACUUAGCUUGGGACACAGUUGUUCGGUUUUCACCUUAUGUUGAGCUUCUUGGAGAUGGUUUCUUUGAUGAUUUCGCUCAUGUUGCUGACGACGAAAGUCGCCAUUUUGUUUGGUGUUCACAGAGAUUGGCUGAGCUUGGCUUUAGGCGAAGAGGGCAACACUUAAUUGCAUGUUUGGAUGGUUAUGUUGUAUCAUUUUUUGUUUCUUAUGUGUGCAGUUAUGGAGACAUGCCAGCCCAUAAUCUACUCUGGAGGGAAUGUGAGAAAUCUGCAAAUGUUGUCGCUGCACGUUUGGCUGUAAUUCCUCUUGUGCAGGUAACUCUUAUUUGCAGUUCUGACUCAAAGAUGGUUGCCUUCAUAAGAACAAGAAGAACAUUGUCCAUAAGAAAUAGAGAAGUAGUUGAUGAUUCUCGCUUGGCUGAUUAGAAUGCGGUUAAAAAAUGAUGUUUUUUCUGCUCCUGCUUUCGAAAUUACUACAAGACAGAUUAACUGUUACAGGAGGCUCGAGAACUCGAUGCUGGACCCCAACUUGUGCAGAGGUUGGUUGGGUGUGGAGAUAAUAGGACGUCAAAAAUAGUGGGGAGGAUUGCGGAAGAAGAAGUUGUCCAUGUGGCAGUUAGAGUGUAUUGGUUUGUUUCGGUUUGCAAAAAGAUGGGUGUUGUGCCCUGCUCCACUUUUAAA